AUGGUGUUAAAUAAGUUACCUCCCGGUCCCUUGAGUUUACCAUUAAUUGGCAAUUUAGGUGUAUUUACUGGUAUUACAUCGAAAACAUUAGUCAAUUGGUCUAAAAAAUACGGACCUAUUUUUGGUCUACAAUUGGGAUCAUCACCAACAGUAGUUUUGAACGACUGGCCAUCAAUUAAGGAUGCUUUAUCUCAAGACUCAGUACUGGCCCGACAUAAAGAUAAUAUAUUCAAUGUAUUUGCAGAUGAAAAUUUUAUAUCAAUAAGUGGACAGCAAUGGAAAGAUCAGCGAAGGUUUGCAUUACACCAGUUGAGAGAUUUGGGAUUCGGUAAGACAUCAAUGGAAGAGCAUAUCAUCGAUGAGAUCAACCAUUUGUGCGAAGAAUUAAUUGACAAAUCGUUGGGAACUGAUAUCAAUGUUCGCGAUGUGUUGGGUAUUAGUGUCAGCAAUAAUAUCAGUUCUUUUCUGUUCGGCCGACGACUCGAUUAUAAUGACAAACGAAAGAAAAUAAUCGAUGAAAUGGUCAAACCUGACCCAAGCUUUUCGUUAACAGGAUUUAUGGCACAGUUUCCAGUGUUUGGCAAAUAUAUAAUCAAUAAUCUUCAAUAUUUAUCCACAAAAAGUUUUAGAGAAACUAAAGAUACAAUUGAAUCACUGAAUGAAUAUUUUAACAAUGAAUUUGAAUCACAUGAGAAAACAUUGGAUUCAAAUGACUUUCGCGAUUAUAUCGACGCCUUUCUAACUGAACUAAAAAAAGCAAAUCCUAAGACUUCAUUUAAUAAAAAAAUGUUGCUUGGUAAUAUUUUUAACUUGUUUGGUGCGGGAACCGGUACUACGACAUCAUUGCUUGAGUGGGCACUUGUAGUGUUGGCCACAUAUCCCGACAUACAAACAAAACUUCGUACAGAAAUCGAUGAUAUUAUCGGAAGAGAUAAGACACCACAGUAUGCACACAGAAAUCAAAUGCCAUAUCUUCAGGCAUUCAUUCACGAGAUAAUGAGAUUCAGAUCAAUUGUUACGAUAAAUUUGCCCAGGGCUACAAGUGAAGACACUGUAAUAUGUGGACAUCAAAUAGCAAAAGGCACACAAAUAUUCAUUAAUUUGUGGGCCAUAGAUAACGAUCCAAAACUAUGGGACAAUCCUCAGGUGUUUAGACCCGAAAGGUUUCUCAAAGACAACGAAACUGUUUUCUUCAAACCCGAACACUUCAUACCAUUUUCCUAUGGCAAGAGGUCGUGUCCGGGAGAGGCAAUGGGAACGGCAGAAGUAUUCCUAUAUAUUGCAUCAUUGGUUCAGAGAUAUGACAUCAAAGCCAUCAAAAACACUAACACAACACUUGAUUUUGAUAUUUAUUUUGCAAUUUCUCCCAAACAGAAUCCUAUCGUUUCAUUUAAUAAACGUUUUUAA